CUAACCUUCCGACUUCUUCGCGAGGACGCCUUAAGACUUUCAAUUCUUCUGCUCGACGUAAUUCUAGUGAAUUGUUUCUCCUCAGUGCUAACGGGUCAUCCCUGUAGAUAUACAAAAAUGAAAUUUAACAUUUUAUUAAUAUUCGGCCUGGUCUGUCUGAUAGGUAGUUCAUUAGCAAGACCUGUAGAUGAAGAAAUCAAUCAGGAAAAUGAUCCAGAAGCGGAAGCACCAAAAAAACCUGCAAGGCCGCUGAUUGGCAGACGCCCAUUAGCAGGAAGAAACAAUAAACCUACCUCAAGCACUACUACAACUGCCGCACCUCAAGAAGAAGAAGAACCCGUGGAAGAAGCAGAGUACGAAGACGAAGAAAUCCAGACCAGCUCCACCACUGAAGCCCCUAAAAAAGGUCUCUUCAAAGGAGGUGUAAGGCCGUUCCGUAGCAACGACGAUCUUCUAGCAACAUUGAAAAGAAGAAGAGAACAAGCCGUCAGUAACAAAUCUCACGUCAAAGUUCAAUCUGAGCCAGAACAAGAAGCUCCAAUAGAGCCUGUCACCAAAGCAUCAAAAACCAACGGCAGGCGAAACAGGUUCUCCAAGGACAAAAGCGAAGCCCCAGCUGGAGCAGCUGAGGAAUCACCAUCCACUGCAACUUCUCCAGUAAGGACAGGCAGAAGGUUUAACGUUAGGAAUUAAUAAAUCAAAGUACAAUUAAAAUAAUAAAUAAAAAAGUUAAUCGGUUACCAAGAAUAAUACAAAAAUUGUGAAAUUUAAAGAUUUAUAAAUUGUUAUUUUGAAAUGUGAUAAGGCGAUUUUUUUUAUAGAAUAUGUAUACAUGUUGGUAAUCGAUGUUGUUUCCUAUAGCUAGGGUUCAAAUAAAAUAGAAAAUAAUAAGGUUUUUUAAAUACCAUUAAUGAUUGUGAAAUAGUUUCUUUAUAAAUUGUACAUAAAUUAUACCAUUAAAUACCUAUUGUGAUUCACAUGUUUGAUUUGUUAUUUACUAUACAACUUUUUUUUGUAAAAGCCACGGUUAUAUAAUUAGAAAACAAAAUAUUUGCAAAAGUGUGUUUGUUUAUUUGCCUUUUAGGCAGCAACGG